AUGGAAAUUCUCAAAUCAUUACCACUUUUCGUGCUCUUGGCGUCAGCGCUGGCCCAAUAUGAAGGCUACGGACUAGAAGGGCAUGGAUUAGACCAAGGUCUCCAAGGUUACGAAGGGUAUCACAGGCCCUUGGUGCAUCAUCAGAUACUGGAGCACCAUAACGAAGACUAUGACGUAGAUUAUCAUGCGCACCCAAAAUACUCGUUCGACUAUUCCGUAAAGGAUCCACACACUGGUGAUGAAAAAGAACACUGGGAGACGAGGGAUGGGGACAAAGUUAAAGGUUCCUACACUUUAAUGGAAACGGACGGAACAAAACGCAUAGUGGAAUACGAAGCGGACGACAAAAACGGUUUCAACGCGGUUGUGCACAGAAUAGGUCACCCGAAGGUCGAGGAAGAAUACAAAAUAGCAAAACCAGUAUAUGAACCACAGUAUCAGGAGGAAUACCAGGCGUAUGACGGAGGGUUUGUACCCAUCGAAGGAUACGAACAUAGACAUUGA